AUGUUUAAGGCAUAUCGAAUGGCGGAGCAACAAUCUGAAAAGGUAAGACUUUUAUUUUUUAAACGGGCUUGAAGAUUAGACUAGUUUUCCAGCCAGCAGAUACUAAGAAUUCAACAAAAUUUCAAAAAUAUCUUAAAAAUAUAUUCAAGGUGCGCGAUAUUUUGCUUUUGCCAACAACUAUCAAUGAGCAAGUUCAUGAAUCAGCCACCGAACAAAUUGCAGCCGUUGUCGAUUUUUUUCAUACAAAAAUGGCGGAGUAUAAUGAGGUGAAAAAGAAAGGAACAUUUUGAAUCAGACCAGAUUUUAAGAUUAAAAUUAAAAUUUCAACCAACUUCGUUUUCAAGAGAAAACCCAAAUUUCGCGACAUCAUUCCAAUCAUUUAAUAUUCAGGUUAUCCAACAAAAUUGUCGUGCAGUUUUUGUGGUAAAUUAUGUGCAAAAUCGUUUCAUAGCAACAGAAUUCUGUCCUGAAAUUGCUAAAUUAUUCGAAGUUUUAGCUGUGAAAAACUACGAGGAACUCAAUCAAAAAUUGGAACAAUUGAAACAAGAACCUGAAAAAAGUGAGAAAUUAUCCAAAAAAAAAUCCAAGUUUUAAUAUUUUUCAGAACAAUCAGUUGAAGCGUUGUUAGAGGCAAUUGGAGAAUGGGAUAAAUUUUUGAAAAAUAUUGAUGAUGAUUUGGACAAAACAUUGGGACAAACUACUAAUAAUAGUCAAAAUCAUGAGCCAGAAGGUACUUGAAACUUUAGAAAAAUAUAUUUUUGCAAAAAAAUUUUCAUAGAUAACGCAGUUUUGGGAAUUCAAAGCAAAACAAUUUCAUAUUAUGUUACUGGAAGUGCAUUUGAUUUUGUGUUGAUUGUAGUUGUCAGGUACUUUUUAUUAUAACUAUUUUCAAGAAAAAAUUUAAUUUAUCACUAGAAAUUGUUUUUUUCCAGAUCUUUCAACAAUCCAAAAGCAAAUGAACAUAUUUUGGAACUUUAUAAAAGAAUCGAUGAAUUGAGAAAACUUGGAUGUGAUGUUUUUCUUCUUACAAAAGGGCCACCAAUUGGAUCAAGAGGUGGUGCUUAUAUUAAAUUAAUUGGAGUUCCGUUUCGUAAAUUAUAUGAUGCAGCAGAAGCUGAAAAAGAAUUAAGAGUUCAUCGAAAAUCUGCAGUUCAAUAUACAAGUUGGGAACCUUUGUGUAAAGUUAGAUCUUUUUUUUUACAAAAAAAAACUAUUUCUAAUAAAUUAUAUUUGAUUGCAGGUUGUUGAAAGUUCGUUAGUUGAUGAAGGAAGACCUUCUUCAGCAAUCAAAGAGAAUAAUCAAGGAAAUGAAGAGCCAAUGCAAUUUAUAUCCCAAAAAGGAGGAGCUGUUUUAGUUAAUAAAGCUGGAGAUAUACUUUAUAAACAUAUUGAAGAUGAAAAAGGAGAAACUUGGGCAAAUAUUGAUGAAGUUGUUAAAAUUGUUGAAACUAAGGUAUUCGAAGCUUAAAACUAAUAUUGCAAAAAUAAAAUUACAGAGAUCAAAAACGCCUACAAACAAAGAAUUAGCUGCUCCUAAAAACAUUGCCAAGGUUGAUUCAGAAGUUUCGGUUGCAAAAGAAGCUUCGCCGGACAAGAAAAAACCAUGUUGCAUUAUUUGUUAA